AUGGCCUACAACCGGCUUCAUGAGCCCGAGCAAGAGCCUCUCUCGCCCACGAUGAAUCCUCGCCAGCCAGCGUCGCCGUCGAGACUCCAUGGAUACCAGCUCGAAGACAACCCGUUUCACCAGCCGGUCCAGCAGCCCAUGACAUACCUGGAGAUGCCCUCUGCAGAUAGGCUGCAGUUUCAGCCUACAUACUCCGUCGAGAACAUACAGAACUCGUACGGCCACAACGAGGCCUACGAGCAGCAGCAACACCCGUACGGACACGCUGCCAGGCCCAGUGGAGGAGGAGGAGGAGGAGGAGGAGGAGGAGGAGGAGGAGGAGGAGGAGGAGGAGGAGGCCCCCUGGUCCUCUCGCCAGAAGCCCACCAUGAUUCCUACUACACGGCUCCCUACGAGCCCACGGUGACGCCGUCGGACGACUACGACCGGCCUCACGCUGGCUAUCCUCCCCGGCCGUACGACGACCACGCUCCCAUCCUGCACCAUGAGCCCUCGUACACCCCCAGCAACUACGACCUCUCCCACACGCCCCAUCCGGCCGCAGACAUGGACGGGUACGCGGACGAACCCAACAUGGCCGCUCCCACGCCCAGCCCGGCCCCCAUCAGACGGUGGAAGACCGUCCGGGAGGUGCCCCUGUUCGACGGCAACCUCGUCCUCGACUGCCCCAUCCCCCCCAAGCUGCUCAGCCAGGUGAACCACGCGGAGCCGCCCGAACGAGACGAGUUCACCCACAUGCGGUACUCCGCUGCCACCUGCGACCCGGCAGACUUCUACCAUGAACGCUUCACCCUGCGGCAGCGGCUCUUCGCCAAACCAAGGCACACGGAGCUGUUUAUCGUCGUCACCAUGUACAACGAAGACGAGUUCCUCUUCGCCCGCACCAUGGCCGGCAUCUUCAAGAACAUCGAGUACAUGUGCUCGCGCACCAGCAGCAAGACCUGGGGCAAGGAGGCCUGGAAGAAGAUCGUCGUCUGCAUCGUCUCCGACGGCCGUGCAAAAAUCAAUCCGCGCACGAGAGCCGUGCUGGCCGGGCUGGGGGUCUACCAGGACGGCAUUGCCAAACAGCAGGUCAACGGCAAGGACGUCACCGCCCACAUCUACGAGUACACCACCCAGAUCGGCAUGGAGGUCAAGGGCACCCAGGUCAUCCUCAAGCCUCGGCCGGGCAUGCCCGUCCAGCUCCUCUUCUGCCUCAAGGAGAAGAACCAGAAGAAGAUCAACUCGCACCGGUGGUUCUUCCAGGCCUUCGGCCGCAUCCUCGACCCAAACAUCUGCGUCCUCCUCGACGCCGGGACAAAGCCGGGGAAGCAGAGCAUAUACCAGCUCUGGCGUGCCUUCGACCUCGAGCCCAUGUGCGGCGGUGCCUGCGGCGAGAUCAAGGUCAUGCUCUCGCACGGCAAGAAACUGCUAAACCCACUCGUCGCCGGGCAGAACUUUGAGUACAAAAUGUCCAACAUCCUCGAUAAACCGCUCGAGUCCGCCUUUGGCUUCAUCUCCGUCCUGCCGGGAGCCUUCUCGGCAUACCGCUACGUCGCCCUGCAGAACGACAAGAACGGCCAGGGGCCCCUGGAGAAGUAUUUCGCCGGCGAGAAGAUGCAUGGCGCUAAUGCAGGCGUCUUUACCGCGAACAUGUACCUGGCCGAGGACAGAAUCCUCUGCUUCGAGCUCGUCACCAAGCGCAACUGCAAAUGGAUCCUGCAGUACGUCAAGAGUGCCACCGGCGAGACGGACGUGCCCGAUCGUAUGCCGGAGUUUAUCCUCCAGAGAAGACGCUGGCUCAACGGCAGUUUCUUCGCGGCCGUCUACGCCAUUCUGCACUUCUACCAGGGUAACUUCUUCCUGGUCUUCCGCAUCCUCACUGCUUCACUGGGUACGCAGGAUCUCCUGGGGAAAGCAGGCAACAUCCUCGGUGUCAUCUUCGAAUGGCUCUACCUCGCCACGCUGGUGACAUGCUUCGUCCUGGCGCUCGGCAACAGGCCGCAGGGCUCUAACAAGUUCUACAUGACCAUGGUCGGCUUCUGGUGCACGAUUAUGAUAUACCUUACCUUCGCCGCCGUCUUCGUCACCGUCAAAUCGAUCCAGAACGAAGCUCGCGACGGACACUUUACGUUCGCCACGCUCUUCCAGAACCUGCAGUUCUUCUCCAUCUUCGUCUCCCUGCUGACUACCUAUGUCUUUUGGUUCCUGGCCUCCAUCCUCUUCUUUGACCCAUGGCAUAUGUUCACCUGCUUCCUGCAAUACCUCCUUCUCACACCCACAUACAUCAACGUCCUCAACAUCUAUGCCUUCUGCAACACCCACGACAUCACCUGGGGCACCAAGGGAGACGAUAAGCCGGAAAAAUUGCCCUCAGCUAAUCUCAAACCAAGCGGAAAGGUCGACGUCGAAAUCCCCCAGGACGACGGCGACCUCAACGCCCAGUAUGAAGCCGAGCUCGCCAAGUUCGCCACCAAGCCGCCCAAGGAGACCCGUGUCGUCUCUGAGUCUGAGAAACAGGAAGACUACUACAAGGGUUUCCGAAGUGCCGUCGUGCUCGCUUGGAUCUUCUGCAACUUUGCUCUCGGCGCCGUCGUACUGAGUGCCGCCGGGUUGGAGAGGGUAGGUCCCAACAACAAAGAUAAUUCCCAGAAGAGAAGCAUCAUCUACAUGGCCGUCGUGCUGUGGAGUGUCGCCGGCCUGUCCUUGUUCAGGUUCGUCGGUGCAAUGUGGUUUUUGGUCUUCCGUGGAGUAUAG